CCCAGCCAGAAGAUUAGCACUGGACAGGACCUCGGAUUCUCCGGAUUCUCCAGCUCCAUCAGCUCCAUCAUCUCCGUCCACGGUUUCUACACCCGGCAACGCCAUUGUGUCUCCAAACUGUCUGUCCAGGAACGAUGCCGACCAAAUCCGGGUGUAACUUGUGGCGUUCUGCUGUGUGGUUCGCGGCCUUCCUGGCGUCCGCCUCCCUCGUCGGUUUGCUCUACUACACCCCUUCCUUUCGAUGUCUGACCCAAGAACUUGAAGAACCCAUCGUGAACCCUGCACACCGCCCUGUCGUGGUGCUCAUCUGGCUCUGGCCCUUUAACAAGACCUUUGACCUCGACGUCUGCGGCUCCCACUUCGACGUUCACAGCUGUGUCUUAACAGCCGACCGGUAUUACAUCGAUAAAGCCGACGGCAUCCUGAUCCACCACCGGGACAUCGCUUGGGAUGCGUCGAAUCUCCCGCAGUUCCUUCGGCCGCCCCACCAGAAGUGGAUCUGGAUGAAUUCCGAGUCGCCGUCCAACACGGCCUGGAUCCCCGGCCUCGACAACCUGUUCAACGUCUCGCUGAGCUACCGCAAAGACGCCGACGUCAGCGUGCCUUACGGCUCUCUGGUUCCGGUCGACCGCAGGUUUGACGACUUUCUUGACGUGGUACCUUCUGAAAAGGACAAGCUAGUCUGCUGGAUCGUUAGCAACUACAAGCCAGAGCACAGGAGGAUGCAGUACUACGAGCAGCUGCGCAAGUACGUCCGGAUUCACGUCUACGGCGACUUCUUCGAGAAGCGCGUUUCCGAGGAGGAGUACAAAGACAUCAUCUCGAGCUGCAAGUUCUACCUGUCCUUCGAGAACUCCGUGCACAAGGACUACAUCACGGAGAAACUGUUCAACGCUCUGGAUCUGGGCGCCGUCCCCGUCGUCUUCGGCCCGUCCAGGCAGAACUACGAGCGGUUUGUCCCCGGCGACGCCUUCAUCCACGUGGACGACUUCCCUUCCAUGAGGGCUCUGGCUAAGCACCUCUUCCUUUUGCACCGAAACGAAGCCUUGUAUCUCGGGUACUUCAGGUGGAGGAGACGUUUCCGAGUAAAGACGUCUUCCUUCCCGGUGGAAAACGUGUGCCAGGCUUGCGAGUACAUCCGAUGGAACAGGCAGUACCAGGUGCUUACGAAUCUGUAUCGGUGGUACUGGGGUACGAACGAAGGACUUGACCUGCCACCGUCCAUCUACUAACCUGAACACGCCUUUUCAGUGCCUUGAGACUUUAUUUUCUUCUUUUUUGUUCUUCCUCUAAUCCCUGCCUCGGUCAGAUUAUUCAGGUACUUCAUCAAUUUGAAUUUCAUCCGGCGUGUGUAUGUUUUAUGAUUGAAUGC